CUCAACUCGUUUAUGUUUUUUUCUGGCAAACCCAAUGAUCUUCACUGAACAUUUUCAGACUAAUCUAUCUUUAGAUCAGUAUAACAACUUUCUUAUCUUCAUCUUUAUCCUUUUAUCAUCCUCAUCAUCCCUAAUCUUCAAUCUUGCGUCAUCAUCUCUGAACAUUCCUCAUUAUUGCCUAUGGGAAACUUUACGAAAACUUUUUGUCAGUUUGUCAGCUUUUUGUUUCAGUCAAAAUUUUCCAUCUUCAUCCUUUCUCAUCUCGUUUUCACCCCUCAUCUUCAUCGUCAUCAUCAUUUUCUUCUGCACCUUUUUUCCAUCAUCAUCAUCUUUCUUUCAUUCUCUUUUCUCUUCCUUUUCAUCAAACGUAUCAUCAUCAUUAUCGCGAACUAUCAACAGAUAAACUUUUUUCCAUUGCCAUUGAUCUGCAAUAUCCUUGAAACUUUUUCUGUGUCUUUGCAUUUCUUUGUAUUCAAUUCAAGAUUGGCUUUUACUCCUCAUUAUCUUCCGGUUCUGAUUAAUUAGUGAAUUCGAUUAAAUUUCAUGUGACAGUAACACGCUGACUGAAAAGUCUUAGACCCAUUGGAAAUUGUUGAAUCAUUUCUGAAAAACUAUCGCCAAGUCAACAAUCUUACUAAUCAUCAUUAAUAGUAAUAUUUAUAAACAAUUUUCACCAAUUAACAUCAACAAUUGUGCCAGCAAUCAGCUGAUUGUCAUCAUUACUUUCAAGAAUGGCUGCAAAAGAAGAUAAAAUGUUGUCCGCAUCUAACAUAACCGCGAGUGGACCUGGUCUGGUCAUGGGCGAAACCGGGGGAGUUUGUCAAUUCAACGUAUACACACAUUAUAUUCCUAAAGAUAAAAACGACUUUGAUCCUCGAACUGAAUUGGCCUUUUCUAUGGACGGACCUUCGAUACCAGUGCCACUUAAGGUCGAUGCGGUUGACGAGACUCGAGGGGUAAUGGAUGUGACCUACACGCCGAUAUUACCCGGGAACUAUUCGAUUAACAUCAAAUAUCACGGUGAACACAUCAACGGAAGCCCGUUCAAGGUCCGAAUUGAAGGCGAAAGUAUCAAACAAUUUACUCUAACCUCUAAAGUAAACGUUUAUGGCUCGAAUUUAAAAACAGGAAAAGUUAAUCAGACAAAUGUGAUCUACAUUGAUGUCGAUGAUCCAGCAAUUAAGGGUGGACUAGCCGCUUCAAUGGCAGGACCCAAAGGGGCUAAAGUUAAUUUAAAAAUGGUUGAGGAAAAGGAAACAGUAUUCAAAGUCACUUAUUCACCAACAAUUAAAGGUAACUAUUUAUUGUACGUUAAAAUUGCUAAUACCAAUGUACCGGGUUCACCAUUUAGUAUUAUUGUCUCUCCAUAAGGUGAACAAUUAACUAAAUUGUUGUAAUUCUAUUGAAUUAGAUGUAUCAAACGUUUCUAAUUACAAUAAUUGUAGUAAUCAUUUGAUUCCUCCCAAGUAAAGUAUUACCAUUUAUUUUGAGAA